CAGCACAGGAACUCAGAAGAGAAAGACCAGUUCUUCCACAAUGUCAUACAGACGAGAACUAGAGAAAUACCGUGAUUUGGAUGAAGAUGAAAUCCUUGGAGCCCUAACAGAAGAAGAGCUCAGGACCCUGGAAAAUGAGCUGGAUGAGCUGGACCCUGAUAAUGCACUGCUGCCUGCAGGCCUGAGGCAGAAGGAUCAAACCACCAAGGCGCCCACAGGCCCCUUUAAAAGAGAGGAGCUCUUGGAUCACUUGGAAAAGCAAGCAAAGGAGUUUAAGGACCGAGAAGAUCUGGUCCCCUACACAGGGGAAAAACGAGGAAAGGUCUGGGUCCCCAAGCAGAAGCCAAUGGAUCCUGUACUGGAAACCGUGACGCUGGAGCCAGAGCUGGAGGAAGCCUUGGCAAAUGCUUCAGAUGCAGAACUCUGUGACAUUGCAGCGAUCUUGGGCAUGCACACGCUCAUGAGCAACCAGCAGUACUACCAGGCCCUGGGCAGCAGCUCCAUCGUGAACAAGGAGGGACUCAACAGUGUGAUUAAACCCACUCAAUAUAAGCCUGUGCCUGACGAAGAACCAAAUUCGACAGAUGUAGAGGAAACACUGGAGCGGAUAAAGAACAAUGACCCAGAACUUGAAGAAGUUAACCUCAAUAAUAUCCGGAAUAUCCCCAUACCCACCCUCAAGGAGUAUGCAGAAGCCUUAAAAGACAAUUCAUAUGUGAAGAAGUUCAGCAUUGUGGGGACACGGAGCAAUGACCCUGUGGCAUAUGCCCUCGCUGAGAUGCUCAAGGUGAAUAAGGUGCUGAAGACACUGAAUGUGGAAUCCAACUUCAUUUCUGGAGCUGGCGUCCUACGCCUGGUGGAAGCCCUCCCACACAACACUUCUCUGGUGGAGCUGAAAAUCGAUAACCAGAGCCAGCCCCUGGGCAACAAAGUGGAAAUGGAGAUCGUGAGCAUGCUGGAAAAAAACACAACGCUUCUCAAAUUCGGCUACCACUUUACCCAGCAGGGCCCCCGGCUUCGGGCAUCCAACGCAAUGAUGAACAACAAUGACCUUGGUGAGUGAAAAUGUGCUUCCUGCCCUGCCCACCUGCCUGUCAUUCCC